GAACAGCGGGGAUCAGCGCGCCACUAGCAGCCCGAAGCGCUGAGCCCGAGCCGGCUUUGCGCCGUCCUCGCACUCGGCGCGGGCCCUUCGUGUCUGCCCGACCUGCAGCACCGAGGCAGUUUCCGCGCUAAGGCAAUCGCACGAACUCCUUCGGGCCACUAGGGAAAUGCUCCGCUUCGUCGCGCUGCCCUAACGAAGCCAGGGAAAAAGCCGCUGGGCGCCGGGAACAGCCCCGGAGGCGCAUUUCGGCGUCGGAAAGACAGCGAGGUUAAAGGGCAGCCCCUCUCCGCCGAGGCUCGCGGCCUUGGCUUUGCAAAGCUCUUCCCCCAGCUCUCACACCGAGGAACAGAGCGUGCAAGGGGCCACGGAAGGCCGCAGGAGGAAAGCCAGCAGCCCGCAGCGGCGCGGGAACACCGGCAGCCCACCCUGGGCGCCGGAGCCGGGCUCUGGGCAGCAGACCCUCUCGGCCGCAAGGUGGCACUGACCCGCGCACAAAGCCGCAGCCCGGCGGCGCCCAAGCCGAGCCGCGCUCCGGAGUCCAGGGCCGUGCCGGGACGCACGCGGGCUCGCGCGGCUCUGCCCGGACGAGUGCGUCCAGCGGUGCGCGGCUUGCGCGCGGUUGCUGGCCGUCCCCGAAUUCCUAGACGAUCGCGCGCCGGAGGCGAGGGGCGCGGGGCGGCGCCACGUGACCCGGGACGAGGUGGAGUCCGGCUGGAAGGGGGCGUCCCUUCCUACCUCCCCCUUCUUCAGGGUUUGAGCGGGCGGCAGACCCGCCGGUGCUUGCCCCGGACGGUGACACCCUGCCCGCUCUCAUAAACGCGCAUGGAAAUAAAGAGCAGAAAGCCGAACAGGACGCAUUCGAAGGAGGAGCACUCACUGAAAUAUGAGGAGACAUCUGUGCCCUUCCUAUCGUUCAGUUCAAGGGAACGAAGAAUUCGGAAUAAUUUUGAUGAAUGCAUUCCAGUAUGGGGAAUAAGAAUAAACUGAAUGGUUGACCUGCUUGCAAGAAGCAUACUGUCCAAUUUUGUAAAGUAAUAUAUAACAACCAAAUCAAUCAAAAUGAAUUCUACGCUGUUUUCACAGGCUGAAAAUCACUCAGUUCACUAUAAUGUUUCAGAGAGGAACUCCCAGUUUUUGGCUUUUGAAAAUGAUGAUUGUCAUCUGCCCUUGGCCGUCAUAUUUACCUUAGCUCUGGCUUACGGAGCUGUGAUCAUUCUCGGGGUGUCGGGAAACCUGGCUUUGAUCAUGAUCAUCCUGAAACAGAAGGAGAUGAGAAAUGUUACCAACAUCCUGAUCGUGAACCUCUCCUUCUCAGACUUGCUUGUGGCCAUCAUGUGUCUCCCCUUCACAUUUGUCUACACCUUAAUGGACCACUGGGUCUUCGGUGAGACAAUGUGCAAGCUGAAUCCUUUCGUGCAAUGUGUUUCAAUCACGGUGUCCAUUUUUUCUCUGGUUCUCAUUGCUGUGGAACGACACCAGCUGAUAAUCAACCCGCGAGGGUGGCGGCCCAACAACAGACACGCUUACAUAGGCAUUGCUGUCAUUUGGGCCCUUGCUGUGGCCUCUUCCCUGCCCUUCCUGAUCUAUCAGGUCCUGACUGAUGAGCCGUUCCAGAACGUGACGCUCGACGCCUUCAAGGACAAGUUCGUGUGCUUUGAUAAGUUUCCAUCGGACUCUCAUAGGUUGUCUUACACCACUCUCCUCUUGGUGCUGCAGUAUUUUGGCCCACUGUGUUUUAUCUUUAUAUGCUACUUCAAGAUAUACAUUCGCUUAAAGAGGAGGAACAACAUGAUGGACAAGAUGAGAGACAACAAGUACAGGUCCAGUGAAACCAAAAGGAUCAACGUCAUGCUGCUCUCCAUCGUGGUAGCGUUCGCCGUCUGCUGGCUGCCUCUCACCAUCUUUAACACUGUGUUUGACUGGAACCAUCAGAUCAUUGCCACGUGCAACCACAACCUGCUGUUCCUGCUCUGCCACCUCACGGCAAUGAUCUCCACCUGUGUCAACCCCAUAUUCUAUGGAUUUCUCAACAAAAACUUCCAGAGGGACUUGCAGUUCUUCUUCAACUUCUGUGACUUCCGCUCCCGAGACGAUGACUAUGAGACGAUAGCCAUGUCCACUAUGCACACAGAUGUUUCUAAGACUUCUUUGAAGCAAGCAAGCCCAGUCGCAUUUAAAAAAAUCAAUAAUGAUGAUAAUGAAAAAAUCUGAGACCACUUGUACAUGACAUCUGUUUAAAAGCAAGCACAACCUGCAACAUGCUUUCAUUACCUGUUCUCCCAAGGAAUGGGGGUAAGAUGACUUGAGAAAGGCUGAUAUUUUCUUGUCUUGCUUUUCUACUGCUUUUGUUAAAGCUGUCAUGAUUAUACUUGGAACAAAAGGUGUACGCUCUGGGAUCUGCUGGCAAUUAAUUUGACCAGAUUUCCUUGAAGUGCUUUUCAGGAACUUAUGCACAUACUAUAAAGACUUUUAUACUGUAUUUAUUGGAAUGAAAUUUCCUUAAAGUAUUACUAUGGACUGACUGACUUCAGAAAUAUUAGCCACGUGAUACUCUUAACAGACGGGGCCAUUUUGAUUAUGGCUGCAGAGGUGGAGAGAUCGGAAUGCAGCACUCUGCACCUGGAGCUGAAGGGGAUUCUGAAGUUAUUCAGGAGUGAUUUGCAUUUUUCGUUUCCUAUUUUAAGAAAGCACUAAAUUUGCUAAUUGAGUAUCACUGUAAGUUAAUAUAAAAAUGCAUAGACAAUGCUCUUCAGCUGCAAAUAUCAUAGGGAAUUGAGGGGCCGGUGCUGUGGCGCAGCGGGUUAAUGCCCUGGCCUGCAGUGCCGGCAUCCCAUAUAGGCACCGGUUCUAGUCCCAGCUGCUCCACUUCCGAUCCAGCUCUCUGCUACUGUGAAAGCAGUAGAAGAUGGCUCAAUUCCUUGGGCCCCUGAACCUGCGUGGGAGACCUGGAAGAAGCUCCUGGCUCCUGGCUUUGGAUUGACACAGCUCUGGCCAUUGCGGCCAAUUGGAGAGUGAACCAUCGGAUGGAAGACCUCUCUCUCUCUCUCUGCCUCUCCUCUCUCUGUGUAACUCUUUGAAAUAAAUAAGUAGAUCUUUAAAAAAAAAAAGAAUAAAGGGAGAAAGCAGUUCUCUCACUUCAAAACUCUUUUGGUACCUGAUAACCAAAGCAUUUCAGAGUGAUCAGAAUUUAGUACUUAAAUUAAUAUUGCUGCAGAUAGUUGAACUAUAUCCAUCUGAAUGGAUGGGCAAGGUGUUUUCAUUCUUUACAGACUGUUCAGUGUUCGUCAAGCUUUCUGACAUAAACAUGUCUUUCAAAAGGCAUUUCCAGCUUACAAUAUAUAGAAACACAAAAUGUAUUUUCCAUUCAGCAGUGCCUAUAUAGUAAGUCACUUUUAACUUCCAUUGUCCAUCUUUCAAAGCAGAGGACAGCAAGGGACAAUGUGAAAAGAAUGUUUACUCUGGGUAGCAGGGAUAAAUACAUAAGGAGUUCUUGUAUCCCAUGUUAACUUGUAAACACUGUGUGACUUGUGGAGUUUCAUAAACCACACACUAGUUAGAGUACUGAGUAGUUGUGUCAUGUUAGUAUACUUAAUUUCAUGUAUCUUGUAAUCACAAUUGAGCCUGAGAGUCACUUGGAGAAAAGAGAUUUUGAAGAACAAGGUGUAUGUAUCUUCAGUGUAUUAUAUGACAAAGUAUUAAAUGUGUUUGUUUUAGAAGGGCAGACACACUCAUUAAAAUUGUUUUGCUUUUUCUGAGCAAUCUCUCGUGUCCCUCUUCAUUUCAUUUAUGUUGUCUUGUGACUUUCCCGUCACUCACUGCCUCCUGUAUCUGCUUACUAAUGACACAUUUUCUGCCCUGUGGUAGAACCACUGGCAGCCCAGUCACCCUCCAUUGCUACAUUGUAAGUUUCUUCAAGGCGGGACUGUCUAACAUGACUGUUUCCAGUGCAAAGAGCACAGUGCCAUAUAUUUAGGAGUUUCCAAAAAAUAUUUCUAUAAUGAAUAAAUAAUGAAGAAAUGCUCUUUUGCCCUAUUAAUGAUCAUAUAUAGAAUUCACAUGCUGAUGCUUUCUUGGAUUUUUCUUCCUAAGUUGUUCUUUCUUAGGAAAGAGUUUUCUCUUUUACAAUAUUAGUUUCAGUCCUAGUUUAAGCAAGAAUCACAUUUUAGAUUUUAGAAACUUGCAUUGUUAGCUUUGUAAAUCAAUUAAAGAGCACACAUUUUACUUUGAGUGCUAACAUAAAGUCAUAUUACAGUCUAAGAAUGGUGUUUUAGUCACUUAAUAAACAACUGGAGGCAA